AUAAGGUCGAAGGGGAGAGAUCCAUUACCGAUUCCAUGGAAACGUCCGCAUGACAAAAAAACAAAGGGAGCGAUUGAAAAGAGGAAAGGAGAAGGAGAAUGCAGUGAAAGAGCGUGUGAGAGAGAGAGAGAAAGAGAGAAAGACACCCACCACCCACACCCACCUCCCACUGCAGGCUGCGUAGGAUCGGAUACGAUCGGACGUGCUCGUCCUUGCCGGGCGCGCCUGUCGAAACGAAACGCUGGCACGCACGAGCGGGCCAGUCUCGUGCGGUAAUCAUUAAUUAAUUAGAGGUAUCUCGCCGUCUAUGAUGGCUCGCCGAGGUUGACAGUAUUGGUGCGACGAGUAUCAAAGCGGUGAAACGCACGGUCACGCGGCCAAAUGGUCUCGUUAUCUCGAUCGUACGACAAUCGCUCCUCCCGCUGCUGCUGCUAGUGGUGGCGCAAUAAUAGUAGCGGCUAUAGAGGAAUGAAUAUCUUGAAAAAUAUUUCGGCGACCUUUUGGUCGCCGAACAUCUGGUUGCCUCAUAAUAUAACAUGGGAGGAUAUCAGUCCGAAUGCAGACAAUAAGUAUGCUAAUUAUCAGCAUUUAAUAUUUCCUCUGCCCAUGGCACUUGUUCUAUUAGGGAUAAGAUAUACUCUUGAAAGGUAUUGGUUUGCUCCUUUUGGAAAGUCGCUUGGUAUAAAAAAUACUAGGAGCAAACGAGCAGUACCUAAUGAAAUAUUAGAAAAAGCAUAUCUUAGUAAGAAAACCAAUCAUAAGCAGAUUUCGGGAUUGGCUCAUCAAUUAGAUUGGUCUGAAAGGCAAGUGGAAAGAUGGCUACGAUUACGUCGUUCUCAAGAUAAGCCAUCUACUCUUACAAAGUUCUGUGAAACCAGUUGGAGAUGUUUCUAUUAUGUAUAUUCAUUCCUUUAUGGCCUUGUUGUCCUGUGGGACAAACCAUGGCUUUGGGAUAUAAAAUAUUGUUAUUAUAAUUAUCCUUACCAUCCUGUUACCAGUGAUAUAUGGUGGUAUUAUAUGAUAUCAAUGUCAUUUUAUUGGGCAUUAAGCUUCUCUCAAUUCUUUGAUGUGAAGAGAAAAGAUUUCUGGCAGAUGUUCAUUCAUCAUAUAGCGACAAUUUCGCUCAUGUGUUUCUCGUGGGUCGGAAACCUAACAAGGAUUGGUUCUUUAGUCUUGCUAUGUCACGAUUGUGCGGAUAUAUUGUUGGAGAUGGCAAAAAUGGCCAAGUAUGCAAAUUAUCAAAAAUUAUGUGAUUAUAUAUUUGUCAUAUUUACAAUUCUUUGGAUUGUGACACGUAUAGGUGUAUAUCCAUUUUGGAUAAUAUAUAGCACAUCUAUAGAAGCGCCUAAAAUAGUGCCGAUGUUCCCUGCAUAUUAUAUCUUUAAUACUUUAUUACUUUUAUUACUGAUACUCCAUUUCAUUUGGACUUAUUUAAUUCUUAAAAUCGCAUAUAACUCGUUCAAUGCUGGUCAGAUGGAAGGUGAUAUUCGCAGUAGUAGCAGUGAUGAAAUAUCUGAUACUCCAGUCAAUAAUAUUCCCAUAAACAACACAAAUUAUAUUAACUAAACGAAUUCAAGAGCAAAAACCCACUAACAAACAGCAUGCUAGACGAGUCAUUAUUUUAUGAACUAUUUCCAAGGCAGAGAAUUCAUCCGGACAUUUUAGCCAGGUGCUAAUCUCUCUCUUACAAAUAUAAUAAAAUUCUUUGAUACAAUUUUAAUCUCGUAAUUCGCAAAAUAUUAAUAUUAACGUA